AUGAGUGAUCCUGCUGAUAAUGUUGAACUCGAUUCCAUUCUGAAAAAACUGGAGAAGGAAGGAAAAACCCUGGAAAAGAACGUGAAGCAAAGUCUGGAAACACUCCAGCAAGUCUUGUUGCAGCGGAAAGAAUUUGAACACAACGUUCAGCUCUGCCAAACUUGGUUGGAUCAAGCUGGGGUUUCUUUGUCUGCUGAAAUUCGUCGACCGAAUGUUGAGAUCCUGGAUGACCAGCACCAUCAAUACCAAAAGCUGCUGGCGGAGUGUGCUUCAUUUGGCAACCGCUUGGUGAAUUUGAAAUCUGCAGAGGACGAAAUGUGUUCCGGCAAUCAACUCUCGAAAGGGGAAGAAGCUUUGCUGAAGCAAAACAUCAGCAGUUUGUGCCAAAAGCACCAGAGGAUCGCUGUGCAAGUCAAAGACAGAAUAAACGCCGUGGAGAGUGCCAUUGAGCAGCAGCGUAGGGUAAAAGACCGCGUUCAAGCGAGUUUGGAACACUUGGAGCAGAUUUACCAGCAAGUUCAUGCAUUGAAUAAACCUAUUGGAUGGACUCCUGAUGAUGCUCAGGAGUUGUUGAAGGCGUAUCAGGACGCUUUGGGAAAGAUCCAUAAUUUUAGAACAGAAGUGGAAAAUAUUCAGACGGAGACGACAUCUAGCGGCGGGGCCUCUGCGCUGAGUGCUCUGCAAGAACUGCUGAAACGGCAGGAUGAUCUCAUUCAGCUCGUAGAGCAGCAGAUGGCCCGAAUUCGCCAGCUCGUGAUUGUUCGCCAGCAGUUCAUGGCCCUGAUUGCUGACAUCGCAGCCUUCAUCACCAAGCAUUCCGACGUUGUGCGAGAUAUUGAGAGCAGUGGUCGAUCCAUUGACGAGAAAAUUUCUCGCUAUGACCAGAAUCAAGACGUUGUUCGCGACGCUUUGAACGAGAAAGGGAAAGACAUCAUGCGCAAUGCUGACCCGGAUAAUGCGGAAAAGAUUUCUUCUCAACUUGGCGUGAUCAAUAAAUCUUGGAAGGAAGCGCUGAAUGGCUUGGAUACCAAAUCUCGAGACAUUAACAAGAUGCUCGAUGUCUGGGGCGACCACAACGUUCAUUUAAAAGAAGUGGAAAACAAGUUGGCUGUGCUUAAGGAGAGGGUUCAUUCGGUGGACGUUGUCACACUGGGGCUGUCUCAGCUGAAAGACAUUGCCCCGACCGUCGAGGACAUGAAGAAUCAGUGUGAAACGCUUAAAGCGAAGGUGGAAAGAAUGGAGAUGACUGGAAAAAUUGCAGCAGAUCACAUGAAGCCGUUUUCAGAGAAAAGUGCUGCUGAAAUUUCUGAAAAAGUCGCAAAACACAAAGAACUCCAUUCCUCCUUGAUGCGAGCAAUAGAAGAAAAGGUUUCCUGGGUGGGUGAAGAGCUCGGUUACAUUCAGAACCUCAACCAUUCCAUUGCUGCAUUGAAGAAUUCGGCUCAAGAGAUGCUUAAAAAAAUUAGUCAAAUCGACGUUUACAGCCAAAAUUCCGAUGCGAGUUCUUCUGAUUGCGAGAGUUGCCUUGGUUCUGCCAAAGAUCUACAACAAAGAACCCGUGACUUCACGGAGGAAACCCAGAAACACUUCUCCUCUCACCACCUGACUGUUCCUUCAGAAACUACGAAAGAAUUGUCGAGUUUGGAACUACUUGCGGAAUCCUCGUCGACGAAAGUUCACGAUGCCUUGAGGGAUAUCAAGAAAGCCAAGUCGCUUUGGAGUGAUUUUGACAAGGACGUUGAUGCCAUCAAAGAAUGGCUGGUGAGGUCAGAAGAGGCUCUGGAUCAGAAAGGUUUGGAGCCUGCAGCUCUGAAGCAAUCUCUUCAGCAAAUUCAAGCUGAAUUGAGCAACUUCAGCGAUAUUUUUGACCGACUUUCGAGAGACGGUCAGUUCCUGUCCGAGAAGGUUCACAAUGAAGCCGACAAGGAAAAAAUUGAGUCAACAGUCACAACUCUUUCAGAUCGGUUACAAAAUACCAAAACUGUUCUGGAACAAAAAUUCUCCCAGAUCGGAGAAUCGUUGGAAUCUUGGCAUCGGUUCCUGCAGCUGUAUGAGAAUUUGAAAGAGUGGCUCGCGAAACAAAACACGUUUUUGGACCAGCCAUUGACAUUUUCGACGCUUGGAGAUGCGAGACAAAAACAUCAGUGUUAUUCGUAUGCAGUUAAGGACUGCAAAAAUGCCAUGAAGAGGGUAAAUGACAUGGCUAGGGAGCUCAAUAACAUCAACCAAGUCUCAAAUUCCGGAGCUCUGGCCAGCAAACUCGCGGAAAUCGAAUCAGAGACGCACCAAGUCGACAAUAUCGUUCAAGAGCGGUGUGCUUUGUUGGGAGAAAUGUGUGAAGAAUGGGACCAGUUCGAAAAGAAGCUGAAAGAUGUCGUCACGUGGAUGGACAAGGGCGAGACCGGUCUCCAUUCUGCUCCUCAAGGAAAGAAGCGAUCGCUCAGGGAGCAAUUACAAAUGCGGGAUAAAAUGUUUCAAGAUGUGCCGAUUCAAAAAACAAAAAUCAGCAUGGCGCUUGAGAAACUUCUAGUUCAUUUUCGAUUAAAAGUUGGGGAUCCCUCAGAAGUCAAGAAGAGGGAAGGCGAGAUGCAAGAAACGCUUGAUAAGCUUUUAGUGAAGCUGAAAGAAGAAAUGAAUACGCUUGAAAAAUGCGUGGUUCAGAUUGAGGAAUACCAGCAGGAAAUUUUGAAGAUCCGCCACGAGGUGUCGCAUGCUGAGCAGCAACUCAGGCUUCUUUCGACUCCCAACUACGGCUCUGAAGGCAAAGACUUCCAGGCGUUCCAGCAAUCGUUCGAAGAUCUUAGUACGGAUGAAUACACGUUGUCACGCGCCACCGCGGACGUCAGUGACGACGAGAAGUAG